AUGUCUGAUGUGCAUAUUGAUACCAAUGUGUUUUACAAGAGGUUGUCAAUCCUUCAACGUGAGCUUGCGGAGGCAAAAAUCCCCCAAGGGUUGGUUAUUGUAGGAGCACGCAAUGACGACAAUACCUACAAAAAAUCGACUGUUUUGCAAAACUGGUUACUAGGAUACGAGUUUGUCCAUACAGCUAUAUAUUUCACACCAACCAAAUGUAUUUUCAUCACGUCUGAAGGAAAAGCAAAAUAUUUGAAGGGCCUUACAGAGCGCCCAGAGCCCAUUGAACUAUGGACAAGAACCAAAGAUGUCGAGAAAAACAAGCAACUUUUUGUUGACUUGAUUGAUGAAAUGAAAAAAGUUAACGAGGAGUAUGGUACAAUUGUCAAGGACAAAUAUACUGGUAAGUUCCUUGAGGAAUGGCUCGAAGUCAGCAAAGAUUCUGGAUUAAAGCAAGUUGAUUUGGCAUUAGUUGUGUCCAAGGCCUUGGAGAUGAAGGAUUCUGACGAGUUUGAAAGCACCAAGAUUGCAUCUAAUGCGAGCGUGGUGAUGAUGGACUCGUUUGUCAAUGAGAUGAUGACCAUUGUUGAUGAGGAAAAGAAAAUCACCAAUGCGCAAUUGACUGACCAAGUUGAAGACAAGAUUGAGAAUAACAAGUGGUAUUUGAAAUCCAAAUUGGGCAAGAGUCUUUUACAGCAAAUCAAGGACUUUGACCCAGAGCUCUUGGAGUGGUGCUAUUCUCCAAUUAUCCAAAGUGGUGGCGAGUAUGACUUGAAACCUAGUGCUGUGUCAACUGAGAAAACCUUGGUGGGAGAUGGUGUGAUUCUAGCAUCGAUUGGGUUGAGGUAUAAAUCGUAUUGUUCAAAUAUUGGUCGUACUUUCUUAAUUGACCCCACUAAGGAAAUGGAAGCCAACUAUGAUUUUCUCCUCAAACUUCAAGAACACAUUAGCAAAAAUUUGUUAAAGAGUGGUUCAAAGGGUAAGGACGUUUAUGCAGGGGCUUUGGAAUUUAUCAAUAAAGAAAACCCUAACUUGGCUGCCAAUUUUACCAAAAAUUGUGGUUGGUUAAUCGGUAUUGAGUUCAGAGACUCAACGUUUAUUCUCAAUGCGAAAUCUGAGAGGGUUUUGGCCGAUGGCCAGAUCAUAUCACUCACCAUUGGUUUCCUGAACAUACCCGGAGGAAAGAAGAAACCAUACUCAGUUUUGGUUACUGAUACUUACAAAAUCAGUGUUGAUCAACCUAUAUUGUUGACUAAUUCUCCGAAAGCCCGCUCCGAAAUAUCAUUUUUUUUCAACGAUGAAGAUGAAGGAUCUGCAAGUAAUACCACUGCUACGAAUAAUAGUACUAAUGCACAAGCAAAAUCAUCGAAUGCAACAAUCAAAGCAGAAAGGAAACCAAUCAUCGAGGCAGGCGACAAUUCCAAGAUCCUUAAAUCGAAAUUGAGACAUGAGAAUAACAAUGCCGACGACAAGAAUGCUGAAAAGGUGAGACAAGAAAUUCAAUUGAAAUUGCACGAGAAGAGAACACAGGAAGGGCUUGCGCGGUUUUCGAAAGCUGAUGCGACAGAUGCAUCUGAUUACAAGCCAGUUUUUAAGAAAUACGAAUCUUAUGUGCGUGAAUCACAGAUUCCAAACAGUGUGUCUGAUUUGCGAAUUCACAUUGAUUACAAGAACCAAACCAUAAUUUUGCCCAUUUCUGGACGUCCUGUUCCAUUCCAUAUAAACGCAUACAAGAGUGGAUCGCAAAAUGAAGAAGGCGAUUAUACCUAUUUGCGGUUGAAUUUCAACUCACCUGGUGCAGGUGGUAAUGUUACCAGAAGAGUAGAGCUUCCUUAUGAAGAUUCGCCAGAUAAUACAUUCUUGAGGUCGAUCACUAUUAGAUCCAAAGAUCGUGAUCGAAUGGUUGAUGUUUUCAAAGCCAUUCAGGACUUGAAAAAGGACUCAGUAAAGAGAGACCAAGAGAGAAAGCAAAUGGCCGAUGUUGUGACACAAGCAAAUCUUAUUGAGUUUAAGGGCUCACGUGUUAAGAAAUUGGAUAAUGUAUUUGUUAGACCAACUCCGGACACAAAAAAACUUGGUGGUGUUUUGCAAAUCCACGAGAAUGGUCUUCGAUAUCAAUCUAGUUUCAGGAUGGACCAAAAAAUUGAUGUUUUGUUUUCCAACAUCAAGCACUUGUUCUUUCAACCUUGUAAAGAUGAAUUGAUUGUGCUUAUCCAUUGUCACUUGAAGAAUCCGAUCAUGAUUGGUAAGAGAAAGACUUUUGAUUUGCAAUUUUACAGAGAAGCAAGUGACAUGGCAUUCGAUGAGACUGGAGGUAGAAAGAGAAAGUACAGAUAUGGGGAUGAAGACGAAUUGCAACAAGAGCAAGAAGAAAGAAGACGCAAGGCAUUAUUGGAUAAAGAAUUUAAGCAAUUUGCCGAAUUGAUUGCAGAUUCCUCUAAUGGAUUGGUGGAUUUGGAUAUCCCAUUUAGAGAAUUGGGAUUCCAAGGUGUUCCAUUUAGAUCAUCUGUGUUGUGUAUUCCUACAAGAGAUUGUCUUGUACAAUUGAUUGACCCACCAUAUUUGGUUGUGACUUUGGAAGAAGUCGAGAUUGCGCAUUUGGAAAGAGUGCAAUUUGGAUUAAAGAAUUUCGACUUGGUGUUUGUGUUUAAAGACUUUGCCAAGCCUGUGGUGCAUAUCAAUACAAUUCCAAUGGAGUUACUUGAGGAUGUCAAGUCGUGGUUGACAAAUGUUGAUAUCCCGCUCAGUGAAGGUCAAAUGAAUUUGAAUUGGGCACAGAUUAUCAAAACGGUUCAAGCAGAUCCAUACCAAUUUUUCCUUGAUGGUGGAUGGUCAUUCUUAACAGGUACCGGUGAGUCUGAUGAGAGUGAUGAGGAAGAUGAAGAGAGUGAGUUUGAAGCAAGUGACGAAGAUCCACAGGAUGAAAGUGAGAGUGAAGACGACUAUGCUAGUGAUGAGGAUGGAAGUGAUUUCUCGGGUAGUGAUAGUGAAGCAGAAAGUGAAGAAAGUGGUGAAGACUGGGAUGAAAUGGAAAAGAAAGCUGCCAAGGCCGAUCGCCAUUCUGCUUACGAUUAG